UUUUUUUGGCUAAAUCCUCCUUAAACCCUUCUCCAUUUCAUCUCCCCCCGAACCCUAAGAGUACCAAAACUCGCCGCCGCCUCCGAAAUGAAAUCAAUCUUCCGCACCGUCUCCCCCCGCCGCCAAACCAACCGCCGCGCCUUCUCCGACGCAGCCGAAGAAACCUACAAAUUCGUAAGAGACAGAGGCCUCGACCACGCCGUCGAGAGAGAGAAGAAUCUCAGACCCCUCCUCAGCAUCAAGGACCUCGUCACAUCGGAACCAUCCAAAUCGCUCCCGAUCUCCGUCAUCACAUCCCGAAAAGACUCCCUCCGAGUCCCCUUCCGUCCGAUCGAGUUCAUCCGUAGCUUCCCCUCCGUCUUCCACGAGUCCCUCCCCGGAGGCAUCCAGCCUCAGAUCUCCCUCACGCCGGAGACUCUCAACCUCGACGCCGAGGAGCAGCUUGUCUACGCCAGCGAGGAGUACAAGCAGGGGUUAGCUGACAGGUUGCUGAAACUGCUGAUGAUCAACAGAAUCAACAAGAUUCCGUUAGAGAUUCUUGAGUUGUUGAAAUGGGAUUUAGGUUUGCCACGUGGAUACGCCGAGACGGUGGUCCCCGAGUUCCCUGAUUACUUCAGAGUGUGCAGAGGGGAGCUGGAGCUUGUCUGCUGGAGCAAGGAGCAUGCUGUGUCUGUGCUGGAGAAGAAGGCUAAGGAGUAUACUAAAGGCGCUCCGAUUGCUUUCCCGAUGAAGUUCUCUAACGGUUUUGUUGUGGACAAGAAGAUGAAGAGGUGGAUAGAUGAUUGGCAGAAGCUGCCGUACAUCUCUCCUUAUGAGAACGCGCUUCAUCUCUCGGCGACGAGCGACGAGUCUGAUAAGUGGGCGGCGGCGGUUUUGCAUGAGAUCUUGAAUCUUUUUGUCUCCAAGAAGGUUGAGAAGGAUUUGGUUUUGCAUCUUGGUGAGUUUAUGGGGUUGAGGUCGAGGUUUAAGAGGGUUUUGCAUAACCAUCCUGGUGUUUUUUACUUGUCGAGUAAGCUUAGGACUCACACUGUGGUUCUUAGGGAUGGGUACAAGAGGGGAGUGUUGGUGGAGGGGAAUCAGUUGGUGACGAGCCGUAACCGUUAUAUGAAGCUUAUGAGUAAGGUUAAGAAAGAGAACAGUGCAGUGUCUAGUAGGAAGAGGGAAGAUAAGGGGAAGGUGGAAGGAGGAGAAGUCUGUGAGACUGAGGCAAAGGGUGAGGGUGAUGAUGUUUCUGGUUCUGAAGUCGAGGAUGAACGUGAAGAAGAUGUUGUUGUUGAUGAAGACGAGGAUGAUGAUGUUGUUGAUGAUGAUGAAGACCAGAGUAUGAAACGUGGUCGUAGAAACUCAAGUCCAAGAGCUGGUAGGAGGAGUUUUGGUUCGCAGGAGAAGCCGCAUACAAGGUCAAGAGCAGGUAGGAGGAGUUUUGGGAAAUCAGGUUCACAGGAGAAGCCACGAUCAGGGCGGCGCAACAAGGUCAAUUUAACAACAGAGAAGAGUAGCUAAAUGUCUUAAAGACUGAAUCAAUGUUUACCGUUACAUGCAUGUUCAUCUGAAUCAUGAUAUCAAGUAGUUGAAUUGCUAGUGUGGAAUGUUAUUUAACCGUAGUGAAUCUCAGUCACUAACAAUAUCAAUCUAAUGAGUGUCUUGAGGUCUGUCCUCAGUGAGGUGUCCACGAGAGUUCAGAAGAAAUUAUGAAGAGUUGUGAAACAUAACAGAGAAAGGAACCCUACAUCAAUUGAAGAUUGGACAGCUUAUCACAAUGUCAUAACUCAGAAGCGGUCCUCUCAUAAACCAACAAAUAUAUAGUCUGUUGUGUAAGAAAAAUAAUUACAAAAUAUUUUAGGAGUUUCAUCCUGCAGAGAGAUUUGUAGGUUAGGUCUUUCUUCUGUCACACUAUCUAUCUGCAACAUAUUUAGUGACACUGGCGUACAAUUAGUACCA